AUGAUAAAUCAGUUAAGCUUUCCCCAAUAUUUGUUUUAUUUGUUUAUUCUCACAAACUUCCUAAUUUUUUCUCCACCUGCGCUUUAUGAAGCAAUAACUGAUUGCAAACUAUGGGCAAUUGACCGGCAGUGUUUUCAGUCGGUCAUGAUGCAAACGGGAUUGAGGAGACAAAAUGAUUACGUGCGAUUCUUGAAAAGCGUUCCCACAUUUAGUGAACUCAGCGUGGAAAUAUUAAUCAAAGUCGCUGAUGUUCUUGGCGUAUGCCAUUACAAUCCCGGAGACUACGUGAUACGAGAAGGUGCACGCGGUGAUACAUUCUUCAUCGUCUCUGAUGGUAAGUCACCGUUUUGUGGGUCUUUUGAGAGUAAACUUGUCGCUCUUCGAUCACUCACCCACUGUGUCUACAACCUCUCGUCUAUCAAACAGGUAAAAUUGAAGCGAGACAGUCGGAAAUCGUUUGCUUUGAAGAAGCUGCGAAAGAAAUGUGUGGUCGAGACCCGCCAACAAGAACAUGUUUUGAAUGAGAAAAAUAUCCUCCUUGAAUCGGAAAACGACUUUAUAGUCAAAUUAUACAGAACUUUCAAAGAUCGCGCUUGCCUGUAUUUCCUCCUUGAAGCGUGUCUUGGUGGUGAACUAUGGACUAUACUCCGAAAUCGAUCGGCUUUUGACGAUGGAACUACCAGAUUCUAUACAGCCUGUGUUGUUGAAGCUAUCGCCUAUCUACAUUGGAAGGGGAUCGUCUACAGAGACUUGAAACCAGAAAACUUGCUAUUAGACAACAUCGGCUAUUGUAAACUGACGGACUUUGGUUUCGCAAAGAAAAUUGGAUUUGGUUCCAAAACGUGGACUUUCUGUGGCACACCGGAAUACGUAGCCCCUGAAAUUAUUCUAAACAAAGGACACGAUUUCGCGGUUGAUUUAUGGUCCAUGGGUAUCCUGAUGUUUGAACUCCUAACUGGAACACCACCGUUCACCAGCUCGGACCCCAUGCGAACUUACAGCAUUAUUUUGAAGGGAAUCAACGCAAUUGAGUUCCCAAAAAGCAUCACUCGGAAUGCCCAAUGCCUGAUCAAAAGAUUAUGCAGGUAUCGUCACCAACAGAUAUUUCAAAUUUCGAUCGAUACAAUGAUGAUGAUGAACCGGUGCAAGAGGAGGAAAACGACUGGGACCCGGAUUUUUAAAUACGUUGUUUUUCAUUAUUUGGGUUCUCACGAGACUACCUAUUUUGGAAUAAAUGUUUUUUGA